UUUAGGGGAUGUGCAACAGCUGAGAGAAGCAGAGAUUCACAUUCGGAGGACUGUUCAACUGUGAAACUUGCACUCGCAGCAAACGCCAUAAAAACCUUCUGAGCCUAUCAUUAUGCUGGCCCUCUGGUCUGUGUCAUUUGUACUAUUGUGCGUAUGGAGAUUCAGUUAUGCACAGUAUGAGCACAUGGGUUACCUCCUGGGCUACCCAGAACCUGUACAGGACCUUUAUACUGCUCCAGAGCUUCCUAAAGAUAUACCCAGGAUACAGCUACGCCUGGCAGGAGAGAAACGCAAGCACAACGAAGGGCGCGUUGAGGUCUUCUAUGAAGAGGAGUGGGGGACUGUGUGUGAUGAUGAUUUCACCAUUCAUGCAGCCCAAGUUGUAUGCAGAGAACUGGGCUAUUCUGAAGCAGUCUCCUGGUCUCCAUCAUCUAAAUAUGGGAAGGGAGAAGGCCGUAUCUGGUUUGACAACGUCCACUGCACGGGAAAUGAGAAGAGCUUGGCCCAGUGUGAGUCUAAUGGCAUAGGCGUGUCUGAUUGUAAGCAUACUGAGGAUGUCGGGGUGGUUUGCAGCGACAAGAGAAUCCCAGGAUUCAAGUUUGUUAACACCCUUACCAACAACAUCAACCAACCCCUGGUGCGUCUCAGAGGUGGCGCUUUAGUUGGAGAGGGGCGUGUGGAGGUGUUGAAAAAUGGAGAAUGGGGCACGAUCUGUGAUGACAACUGGAAUCUCGUAGCAGCUACUGUGGUGUGCCGUGAGCUUGGAUUUGGGAGUGCCAAAGAGGCGCUUUCUGGAGGUCAACUUGGACAAGGAAUGGGCCCUGUACAUAUGAAUGAAGUUAAAUGUUCUGGAUUUGAGAAGUCUGUCACUGAGUGCCCCUUCAAUAUGGACAAAGAUUCUGAAGGCUGCAGUCAUGAGGAAGACGCAGGCGUCAGGUGCAAUGUUCCUGCCAUGGGCUUCCAACGGAGGCUGCGUUUGAGUGGAGGUCGUAACUCCUUUGAAGGCCGUCUGGAGGUUCUAAUGGAGCGCAACGGUUCUCUGGUGUGGGGGACUGUGUGCGGUGAAGGCUGGGGCACCAUGGAGGCCAUGGUGGUCUGCAGACAGCUGGGCCUGGGCUUCGCAAGCCAUGCUUUCCAGGAGACAUGGAACUGGCCCGGUGCAGUGAAUGCAGAUUCAGUGGUAAUGAGUGGGGUGAGGUGUGCAGGAACAGAGAUGUCUCUCUCCCACUGUCUGCACCAUGGAGAAUACCUCAGCUGCCCUAAAGGUGGAGGACGCUUUGCUGCUGGAGUUUCCUGCUCUGAGACUGCCCCAGAUCUAGUGCUCAACCCCCAGGUGGUGGAGCAGACCACAUACUUAGAGGACCGUCCUAUGUUCAUGUUACAGUGCGCCUAUGAGGAGAACUGCCUGGGCUCCACUUUCAGUUCCACCCCAGCCAGCUCCUAUCGCCGGCUCCUCCGGUUCUCCUCCCAGAUCCACAACAAUGGACAAUCUGACUUCAGACCCAAAGCCUCCAGAGAGACAUGGGUUUGGCAUGACUGCCACAGACACUAUCAUAGCAUGGAAGUAUUCACCCACUAUGACCUACUUAGCAACAAUGGCACCAAGGUGGCAGAGGGACACAAAGCAAGCUUUUGUCUGGAGGACUCGGAAUGUGAUGAAGGAAUUGAAAAGAGGUACGAGUGUGCAAACUUUGGUGAGCAGGGGAUCACAGUGGGCUGCUGGGAUACAUACAGACAUGAUAUUGACUGCCAGUGGGUUGACAUUACAGAUGUUAAACCGGGAGACUACAUAUUCCAGAUCGUAAUUAACCCCAAUUAUGAGGUUGCUGAGUCGGAUUACACCAAUAACAUUGUCAAAUGCAGAUGUCGAUAUGAUGGUCACCGUAUAUGGAUGUAUAAUUGCCAUAUAGGGGGCUCCUUUAGUGCAGAGACAGAAGACACCUUUCCUGGCCUGAUCAACAACCAGGUGACCCAUAGGUAAAAGAGAGGCGCUGAAGAACAUCCAGAAACUGCGGCCAACCAGUGAGAUCAUCAAGAGCCCUGAACCACUACACCUCUCUAGAGGACCUUUCAUCUCUCAGCAGUAAUUCCAUGGUACUCUUUCAACUAUGCUCAGUGUCACCUCAUAGCCAGCACAGUCCUCUACUGUCUUACAGGACUAAACAUCCCUUUUUUUUAAAUUGAGAACUCAGAUUUGAGACAGGAACUGACUCUGAAAACAGCUCUUUGGCUGAGAUUUACAGACUGAAAUUCCCUCUCACCGCUGAACCAGUAGCAAUUCUGAAACCUCAUUCUUUCUCGGUUUGCUGCUGGUGUUGAAGAUGAAACUGUGGAUAACUCUCAAGUGAGCUCACUUCAGACAUGAAAGGAACUCUGGUGCACUUUUUAUUUUAUAUUUUUGAACUUGACAGGACUCGUGGUUUAGGUCUUUUUGUAAGCGUUUUGAUUAGGUGAGAGGACUUUUCUCAGAUGAGUCUUCUAAAAGAAUAUUACACAAAUCUACAGAAAAAUAAAGGCCUGAAGAGAGACCAUUUCCUUUUUUAGUGUCCAUGCAUUUCAGCUAUAUACUUUGGCAUUUCGAAAACUAAGCUGAUGACUUCUGCUUAUAGAUAUUAUUGGUUAUUAUUUAAGUACCUUAUGGGUUUGUAGUGGAAACGACCGAUGCAUUAGAAAGAUAUAAUGAGCCUCACAAUAUUUUUUUAUCAAUGUCCAAUUUCAAAAGUAUUUUCAGAAAUUAUAUGUUGUUACAUGAUGAAUUACAGUGUAAGAAAACUUUGAAUAUUUCCGGUAACCUUAAGCCUCCCAGUUCAGAUCAGCGGUUCAUAAACACUGGCAUCCUAGGAGCAGAUGAACCUGUGAAAACUCUAAUAUUAGGUUUGUUUUGGAUUUUCCCCCCACCCUGUUCUUGUUGUUAUUUUGAAUUGACUGACAGUGAACAAUCAUUAUGAAUUAUUAAUGCUAACUCUGACUGGAAACAUCACAAGCAGUCUGAUCCUUUCCAACUAAUCAUGCAGGAAUAUUCAUUAGCAUUAAAUAACUUAUUUUAAGACAGGGAUUUCAGAUGCUAUUUCAUAAUUUCUUUGUUUUUCGAUGUGGAAUGUCUUUCAUUUGAUGUCUGUUAAUGGUGCUAACAUAGUGUUAUCCUCUGUUUUUUUGAGGGACCAUAUCAGCUAAUUUUACAUUAUGCUUACUUGAAUGGAUGUAAAAAAUCAUGGAUGUAUGCGAUGUAGCGUAAUAAACAUGCAUUAUUUGGCAAAGAAAAACAA